UGAAAGUAGAGUCAGAGGGUGUUGGGCCAGCCACGAUGGCGGUCGCUUAUUCGUAUGUUCUGCUCGUCGAGCUCGAAGAAAACAACGUGUCAAGACUAAAAAACAAACUAGUGAAAUAUUUCCAAAGUAAGAAAUCUAACGGAGGCGACUGUGAGGUUGAGUACGAGCCUGGCAGCAGGACCGCGCUGCUGCGCUUCCGCCGAGAGGAGGAUCAGAAAAAGGUUUUGGUGAAAGAGGGGCAUCAGAUCCGUUUGGAUAAAGGCGUGUUGAAGAUGACAGUUCAUUUACCUAAAGAGGAAACAACAACGCAGGAUGCUCCAUCUGAUGAACUCAACAAGGAAUCGGAUGUUGCUGUGAUCAACAAGCAAUCGAGCACCGAUGAACACACACCUGCAGUGGAAGUUCAGACAGAGGCGAAAGGCAGUGAAGAUGAGGCCGCAGGCGAAGAGCUGUGCUCCACUUCGGCUGUUUUAGGGAAUAUUCCCGAGACGUUAAGCCAGGAGUUUUUGGAGAUGCUGGUGGAGAACGUUUUAAAGGAUCCUGACAGUCCAUCUGCCAGCCAAAGCUUCACUUUGGAAGUCAUUCCUAACAUCUCCUCUGCUGUGGUGACUUUCCAGAGUGGGAAAGAAAACACUGAUUUCGUGACAAGAUGCCCCCAAAACAGGACCUUCACAAAGAAGGGCCUAUCAGUCCGGCCUCUUGAAGUCACAGAGCAAGUUGUAGUUGAAGACCUACAAAACUUUAGUGAAGACCUCCUCCGCCUUUAUUUUGAGAAUGCAGGUGGGGAUGUGGAAAAUGUUGUGCUUAAUGAAGCGGAACAGUCUGUCAUCAUCACCUUUAAAGACGAUAAAGCUGUUCAGAAAAUCAUGAAGAAGAAGCAUUGCAUCAAGAAGGAAGAGAUCAGAGUUUAUCCUUUUUAUGAGUCUUUGGGAACAGCCCUCUAUGGCAAAGAUAAGCCCUCACUAAAACUCCCUGCUGCUUUCUCUGAAACCGUUGACGAUGCUGUCUGGAUAUACCUGGAUGCCAAUCAAUCACUAGCAAAAACCAUUCAUAGUCAACUGGCAAAAGACUUCUGCAACGUAAACCUCGACCAGUCUACUGUGUGCUUCAGCCCCGUAUCUUCACUACUACAGCAAAAGGAUGCCAAAGACAUCGUCAAAGAGUGGAGAGAUACUGUGAAGUCGGCCUUUGCACAAGCUCUGUCAAAAUUCAAAUCCCUGAAGCUUCAGCCAGAGUCAGAGGCAUGGGAAGAGUCUGAGGAGAAGAUCAGACAGGCGCUGCUGAAUGAAGAUGUGAUUGUAGUGCCUGAUAAAGCCAGUGGUGUCUUAACAGUGGUUGGCCCUGUGGCCGAUGUCAACAGACUAGAGCAAACUCUUUGUGAAGUCGUAAACAAGAUUGCCAAAAGGGUGCAGAGGGAGAAAUCGAGCGUGACCCAAAAGAUCAAAGUGUCGCCGUCGAUUUUCCACAUCCUGUGUCAAGAUGGUCUUCAGGACAAGCUGCUAAAUGUGUACCCAGAACUCAAAAUGUCAUUCAAAAAAGAGAGUCCUGACCUGUUAGUAACUGGCUUUGGGGAUGAGAUUUUGGCAGCAAGCAAAGUCAUAUAUGAUGCAGUGUUUGCAUUAAAACGACAGAAUUUAGAAAUGGAUAACUAUGUCCUCGACAUGUUGAAGGAUGAACAACAAGAGGAGCUUACAAAUGCCCUACUCAUGUCCAAUGGAAUAAAUGUAGCAAUUGAGAUCAAUGCAAACCGGGUGCAGCUCCUUGCUGCUUCCGACAGAGAUCUGAAUGAUGCGGAAGAUCAUCUGGGGAGGCUGUUAAUAUCUCAAUUCAUUGACGUCGAAGACAGUAAUGUCCUGGAGAAGCCAGAGUGGCAGGACCUGGUCAGUCAAUUAGAGAAUACCAACAAUAAGCCAUUCAGGAGAAUUCAAAUCCACGCCACUGGUCAAGAAGUCGUGGUGUGUGGCCACAAGGAUAGUGUUGUAAGAGUUACCAGCAAACUUGACGACUUCUUAACGCUGAAUGCUCAAGUUGAAGAAACCGUUGUGGUCAAGCCCAACGCCAAAGUUGAAUUCAUUGAAAAACUUGACGCAUCUAGGUUGGAGCAAGUGAAAGACAAAGUGGUGGUGUCUUACAGAAAGGAGGCCAUCUGUCUGAGUGGCUCCAGAGUUGAUGUCGCAGAGAGCAAGCCCUUGAUUGAAGACCUGGUCUCUUCUGUGUUCUUUGAAAGUUUAAAAAUCUCCAUGCCUGGAGUGAAGAAGUUCUUCCAGGAUAAAGAAGCUAUGUAUGUUUCCUCACUCUGGAGUGAAACUGGCUGCCUGGUCAAGCUGGUUGAUGAGACUAGUGGUGGACAGGGCGACUUGGCCCAAAAACAAUUACCAAAGCCUGUGUAUCAGCUUCAGACAUCUGAUGGAGUGGAAAUAGCUGUUUGCAAGGCAGAUAUGUGCAGCUACCCAGUGCAUGCAGUUGUCAAUGCUUCUAAUAAGGACUUGAAACAUAGUGGAGGUCUUUCAGGAGCAAUUCUUAGUGCUGCUGGACCUCAGCUUCAGGAUGAAUGUGACAAACUAAUUAACUCGAAUGGACAGCUCAAGCCCGGAGACUGUGUCAUAACUAGUGCGGGGGGAAAGCUUUCCUGCAAAAAAGUCAUCCAUGCCGUGGGACCCACUUUUGAUCAAGCUAAACCCCAGAAGCCUCUGGCACAGUUGAAAAGAGCCGUUAAAGGAAGCUUAGAACUUGCUGAAAAGAACGGCUGCGUCUCUGUGGCUCUGCCCACCAUCAGCAGAAACCUAGGCUUUCCUCUCGAUUUGUGUGCAGUCACCAUCGUCAAAGCGGUAAAAGAGCACUGUGAUGAAAAGGGUGAUGAAAUCACCCUGAAGAGGAUCCAUUUGGUGAACAACGACGACGGUUCUGUUCAGGCUAUGGAGGCAGCUGUCAGGCAGGAGUUUGGAAAUCAAGGUGUCAGUCUUUCUCAACAAACUCUCCCUAAAAAAUCUGACACAAACUGCUUGGGUCAAGUGCAGACCAAAGAGGGCUUGGGCAUCACUCUCAUGAAAGGAAAUAUUGAGAAUGCCACGACGGAGGUGACCGUGAAUACUGUGUUUGAAGAUCUUGCACUGAACAAAGGGGCAGUUUCCAACGCCAUCUUGAGCGUGGCUGGACCCAAACUUCAGCAGUUGGUAACUGCUAAUCAUGCCAGUGGAAACGCUGGUGAUGUCAUCGUUACUGACGGCUGCAAGCUGAAGAGCAAACAAGUCUUUCAUGCAGUUGCGCCUCAUUGGGACAAAGGACAAGGCACAGCUGAAAAGACCUUGAGUGGCAUUUUCAAGAAUUGCUUGGGCAAGGCAGAGGACAGUGGCCUGACCUCCAUAUCCUUCCCCGCCAUCGGCACUGGUAACCUGGGUUUCCCAAAAAACCUUGUAGCAUCACUGAUGUUGGACGAAAUCUUAGCGUUUGGCACUAAGAAACAACCUAAGCACCUGAAGAAGGUCGUGAUCAUCCUUUACUCACAAGAUGCACAGACUAUCCAGGUUUUUAGUGAUGAAUUCACAAAGAAGUUCCCCAGUUCCUCAGACGGUCAGGUGCCCACGAGUUCCCCACAAAGUCAAGGUCCCUUCUCUAAAGUUGUCUCGGGCUCAGGAAUGCAUGAGACCAAAAUGGGAAGUGUGGCUGUCCAGGUGGUCACGGGAGACAUAACCAAGGAGACCUCUGAUGUCAUCGUCAACUCCUCCAAUGAAGCAUUCUCUCUUAAGUCAGGAGUAUCGAAGGCCAUUCUGGAGGCAGCUGGUCCGGCUGUUGAAGCAGAAUGCCUAAUCCUUGGUGCCCAGCCCAACCAAGGCAUGAUAAUAACCCAGCCAGGCAACCUCAAGUGUAAGAAGAUCCUUCACCUCGUUGGACAGACGGACCCAGUAAAAAUCAACAAGGCUGUGAAAGAUGUACUCCUACUGUGUGUGACAAACUCACACACUUCUGUCUCAUUUCCCGCCAUUGGCACAGGUCAAGGCAAUGUACAGGCAAGGCAGGUGGCAGACGCCAUGCUGGAUGCAGUGGUUGAUGUGUUGAGCCAACACACUUCUGCCCCCCUGAAGACUAUUCGGAUAGUUAUUUUCCAGCCACCCAUGCUGAAGGAGUUCUACGACAGUAUGCACCAAAAAGAAGCCACUGAACCGAAAGAUAAAGGAGGGUUCUUGGGAAACUUCUUCUCCAAAUUCAAAUCAUUUGUUAAUAUUGGAGUUGCCGACAAGCCACAGAUAGAAGGGGAUUUUAUCAUUGAGGCUCUGAAAGUUGACCCUGCUUGCUUCCACAUCUGCGGCGAGUCGCAGCCCAGAGUAGACUCAGCCAAACAGCAGAUCAACCAGCUGAUAUCCAAAGAGCAACACAGCACCUGCAUUUCCGACAUCUCCAUCCUUAGUUUCUCGGAUGCAGACCGCCAGCGCAUUGUUGACAUCCAGAAGACGAUGGACGUGACAAUAACGACUGAGAGCAAGAAUGCCCAAGCCUCAGUCACCAUCGAGGGGCUCAGCAGGGACGUGCUCAAAGCCAGCAAUGAGAUCCACGAGAUGCUGAGGUCGGCGAGACAGAAGGAAGAGCUGAAGAAGAAUGUGGAGCUGGCGGGCACGGUGGCAGACUGGCAGUACCAGCAGAAGGGGCUUCCGUUUAAGAGUUUCGAUUCAAUGGCCAACUUCAAGCUUGAGCAAGCACUGGAAAAGGGACAACCAAAUGUCAAAGUGACAGUUCAGGGUCAAGAGUACACAGUCACCAUGCCAAAGGGGCCUGCCACUGGUAACCAGGGAAGCAUCCUACAGAUAAAGCGCAUUGACAAGCUGAAAGAUGAAGACAUGCCUGAGCACUGGGAUACAAUGCCAGCCAACACCUCGUGUCAGGCCGUCACCAUCACAGCUGGGACAGCAGAGCACACUGAAGUCCUGAAUCUGUUCCGGGUCACAUGCCCCCAAACCAUUAUUAAGAUUGAGAGGAUCCAGAACCCUUCAUUGUGGAAGGGCCUACAGAUCAAGAAGCGCGACAUGGAGCAGAGAAACAAACACCAGAACAACGAGAGACGCCUCUUCCACGGCACCGCCCACGACACCGUGAACCACAUCAACGAACACGGCUUCAACAGGAGUUACGCAGGAAAGAACGCUGCUUGUUACGGCAAUGGCACAUACUUUGCUGUCAAUGCUAGUUACUCUGCCCAAAACACCUACUCCAAGCCGAAUCAAACCGGGGAGAAGUGCAUGUACCUCUGUCGAGUGCUGACGGGGGAUUUCACCGCCGGAACACAAGGCAUGAUCAUGCCGCCGGCCAAGGGCCCCGUCGCCAUUCAGAAGUACGACAGUGUCGUGGACAAUGUGGCCAAACCCACCAUGUUCAUUAUCUUCCAUGACAGCCAGGCUUGUCCUGAAUACUUGAUUACAUUCAAGUGACACAGCCAUGCACUGAGGUAACAAAAACACAUGCCUUACAUUUGACACUGCUUUACAACAGGAAAUACCUGUUUGCUAUGAAUCAUCAGCUGAUUCAUGUAUUUGUGUUUCUUAAGAUAUUUCAUUUAAACUUCUAAUUUUCAUAAUAAUAUAAUGUAAUUUUCUGCUUUACAAGCAACCUGUAAUAAUCACAAGGGUUAGUUAUGGAGGAAUUAAUAGUCAGAUACAUAUAGUGCCUUGAAAAUAUCUCUGUCAUACUAGUGAAUUAUUAUGCAAGAAGAAAUCAAAGAAGGAAAAGUAAAUGAGAUGAUUGCUGAUACCAUUUUUGCCUAUGUACUGUAUUUCCCUGAUCUUUGUACACUGUUUUGUGGUUGGUGGAAGGCUGAUGGAAAGCACCUGCUCUGUUCCAGGAAAUUAUGGGAUAAUAAAAGCUUGUCUGUGUAUGCAUGUGUGUAAGUCAGGAUAACAAUCACUUUUGGUUUUGAAAGGAAAAUUGAAAAUUAACUGAUGUUCCAGUAAACAAGCCUGAAAAAAAAAAUAAAAGUUAAUACAAGCACA